CCGAGGAAGAUUUAAGUCCAUCCUCAUACCCAGGCAAGCAAACUCAUUUGUCCGGAGAAAAAGAGACCCCUGCGCGCUGGCAUGUCCAUUGCCACCACCGAUGCGUUAUCAGAUUGGGGCUGACCAUGAACUGAUGCAGGGUUCAAUGCUCGAUAUUCUAUGGGCCCGGUUCUAUUUUCUGACUGUUGAUGUGCUGGGUUUACUUACCCCGCAAAGCACUGAAAAUGUCAAAUAUCACGUCAUCAGUGGUCUCUCUUGUGCGAAAUUGUGCCCAUUUUUGGAUGGACCUGAGCUACUGGACGACGCCGAUAGCAAGGCACAGGAACAUCAGAGUUCGCCAAUGCGAGACGCCACCAUCAAGAUAAUCAGAACAGUUGAAAGAGGAUACCAAUCUCCCGGCUCGCGCGAUCCACUGCCUCGGACAUUUGAAGAUGAGUCGGCAUGUUGUGCAGAGGAACCUCCGGCUACCGAGAGCUAA